ACGGAGGCCAUGCUGCAGGCGGCCGAGGCUCUCGCUGGGCCGUAUGUUUGGGGUCCGUACGACAUCCUAGUUCUGCCUCCAUCGUUCCCCUACGGAGGAAUGGAGAACCCCUGCCUCACUUUCGCCACCCCCACCCUGCUGGCGGGAGACAAGUCUCUGUCCAACGUGAUUGCUCAUGAGAUCUCCCACAGCUGGACAGGGAACCUGGUGACCAACAAGACCUGGGAACACUUCUGGCUGAACGAGGGCCACACGGUCUACCUGGAGAGGAUGAUAGGUCGGUCGAUGGAGGGAGAACCCUUCAGACAGUUCAAAGCUGCUGGAGGCUGGAAGGAGCUGCAGGACUCGGUGAACACCUUUGGAGCUAACAACCCCCUCACUAACCUGGUCCCCAGUCUUCAGGACGUGGACCCGGACGACGCCUUCUCCUCCGUCCCGUACGAGAAGGGCUUCGCUCUGCUGUAUCACCUGGAGGAGCUGCUGGGGGGCCCAGAGGUGUUCAUGGGCUUCGUGAAGUCGUACAUCCAGAUGUUUGCGUACGGCAGCGCCACCACCGACGAGUGGAAGAACUACCUGUUCACCUACUUCAAGGACAAGGUGGACGUCCUGAACCAGGUGGACUGGGACGCCUGGAUGUUCACCCCGGGGAUGCCUCCAGUCAAACCUCAGUACGACACCACGCUGGCCGACGCCUGCAUCGCCCUGAGCCAGAGGUGGAUCAAGGCCACAGAGCAGGACCUGAGCAGCUUCAAGGUGUCGGACAUGAAGCCGCUGUCGUCUCAUCAGGUCAUCGAGUUCCUGUCUCUGCUGCUUCAGGAGGCGGCGCUGCCUCUGACUCACGUGAAGAAGAUGCAGGAAGUUUACGAUCUGAACGCGAGCAAGAACGCUGAGAUCCGCUUCAGGUGGCUGCGUCUCUGCGUGCGCUCGCGGUGGGAGGAGGCUGUUCCCAUGGCGAUGAAGAUGGCAACGGAUCAGGGCCGGAUGAAGUUCACCCGCCCGCUCUUCAGAGAGGUCUUUACCUUCGACAAGUAUCGUGACGAGGCGGUCCGGAUGUUCCAGUCUCACCGCGGCGCGAUGCACCCCGUCACCGCCGGACUCGUGGCCAAAGACCUGAAGAUCCAAGCCAGCAGCAGCAGCUUGUAAAGCGAGCAGAUAUUUCAAUACUUCAAGUCGGUUUCCUGCAGAAAUGUCUUUAAAUGCUUUCAUCAGAAAUGUUGAUGCUUUUUUCUUUUAUAUCAUAAAUUCUUUAGGGGUGUCGGGAUAAAUAUCGGUAGCUCCGAUAACGAAGUGAAAUAUAGACUUAAAGUCACACGUUUAUCUUCCAAAUAAUAAAGAGAGUAUUGCAGGAAUCAGGACGCUUCAGAUUUCAGAGCUUCUUCAGAAACCCAACGUUAAGCAAGAAGACGUUAAGAAAGAAGACGUUAAGAAAGAAGACGUUAAGCAAGAAGACGUUAAGAAAGAAGACGUUAAGAAAGAAGACGUUAAGAAAGAAGACGUUAAGAAAGAAGAUGUUAAGCAACUGCGGUUAUUGCAGAUGGUUUUACCGACACUCCUGAUGUUUCCUGUUUAAAAACACAAGAAGAAAUAAAAAUGUCUUCAGUGAA